AACCUGAGUGACGUUGGCUCCUCACCUUCUUCAAAUCAGACAAAAUUAGUAUCAAACAUUUGUGCUACGUUUGUGCAGCAAGAAGUUUCCUUUGUGCUGCUCACAUCAUUUUAAAGACACUAAGAAAUGCUUCUAGAGGUCAUGAAAGGUCAACCAGCCCCCCUGCUUCCCCCACACUUCAAAUCAGGCAGAAUAUCUGAUUUCCAGGUUCUGUUUUUCCAGAACUUUUGUUCCAGGCCAGAUUUUGACCAGGUUCUGAUCCAAUUCUGACCUGGUUCUGACUCUUUUAGAAACCUCUAACAAAACUUUGUAUGUGGUUCCGAGUCCUCUGACCGAUCCGAACCAGCCUCCUGUAACACUUGGUUCUGGAUGGCUGAAGGCAGGCCGGGCCAACAGCGCCCCCUGCCGGACUGGCUGUUCUCUGGCGUCCAGCAGGGGGCGCGGACGUGCUGCCAGCCUGCCAAAUGUUUAUUCCUGCUUUUGAUGAUGAUAAAUGGGUUUAUUCACAUAUUCACAUGUUUCUGUUUCUUCUUCACUCUGAUUGGUCCUCUCGGUGCCGCUCGGCUCACAGGUCCAAUCGGUUCUGAUCACCAGUUUCAUUUGGAUUGUACUCUGCUGUGCUCUGAAACAUUUUCUGGAAUCUGAACCAGAUUUGAUUUUUCCUCCGCUGUCAGAACGUUCUGGAGGUUUUGGUUCCUUUUUCUCGUCCUGGUUCAAAUCUGUUCGUUCAGGGAGCCUUUGUUUUGCUCCUUUCCACUCUGCUGCUGGUUUCCUAUGGCAACCGGCUUGUGCUGCAGUCGUCAUGGCAACUAGCUGAGACCACAGCCAAUCAGAGCAGGCGGUUGUCUCCUUUUACAGAGCCACAUAGAGGCUGCAGGUCCAGGCAGCCCAAGGUUAAAGGUCAGAGCUAUCAGUGUGAACAGCGCCCUCUAUGGCAGCGGCUGCAUCAUGCUGUGGGCUGAACCGGAUCUGAGCCUGUUCAUGAAAUUCUGCCUCAGUCUGGAGAAUUUCACCGAGAUCCAGCCGGAGGUCCAUGCACUUCCUGCCUGUUACCAUGGUAACUGCUGCUGCAGAACAGGUCAGGUUCUAGUUUCUAGAUGAGGUCAACCAAUCAGAGCCCAGAAAAGAUAAAGAUGAGGCCUCUUCAUCACCAGGAGUGAUGCAUCUGUCUUCAUGAGAGCAUCUUUGAUCCUGAUGAAGAUGAAGCUGAUGAAGCUCUUCCUCUCCUGCUGGGCCCCUCUAAUGCCUCGGUUCCGGUUCUCCUUCGGAUCUCGGUUUCAUCUCCAGGUUCGGAACAGCGCCCCCUGCUGGUCUGGACCCCGCAUGAGGGUCGGACUUCCGGGUCUGUUUAGCUCACCUGGCUCAGAGUCGAACCCUGACUUCAUUCACUCAGGUAAGAAGCAUCAAUUUCUUCUGCUUGGGAACUGGUUCUGGUUCUGGUUGUGUCCUGUGCUCUACGGUUGGGCUCAGAACCAGAACCUCCAUCUGGACCGGUCUGUUCUUGAGGUCCGGAUCGUAUAAUAUUGUGGAAAUAACAGAUUAUUUAUUUUUAUCUUCAGAUUAUUGCUGACUGAAUCUUCGGACUUUCUAACAGAACCUUGGAUGUUGUUUUACGUGUUAAAGAACUACGAACACGAACUCAUUCAGUUCAAAUGUAAUUUUAAAGGGACAGUGCUCAAUAAUAAACAUAAUUUAAGUUAACCUGAGCCAACUAAAGGAAGCUAGUUUUCGAUUAUAGUCCAUUUAGCAGUUGUUCUAUAAAAAUUAACUAAAUUAAAAUAGUGCUUCAUUAACAAUUACAUGACAAGAAAUCAUGAGAAAAGCAGAACCAUUUCUGGGUCCUAAUGGAGAUGUUCUUCACCUGUUUUAAGCCUGUUCCUUAAAGAAAGCUCUCGGCCCGCCCUGCUGCGCCUCCUCUUCAUCGUCAGCUUCAUCCUGAAGACGGACAGCCAUGAUGUCUGCCGCCUCCUCUUCCUCCUGCUGCUGAAAACCCCGGGAUGAAGCUCCUCUUCCUCCCGCUGGUCCGGAUUCUGUAGCGGAUUCGGAACCCGCCGCACCGCUGGUUCGGUUCCGUCUAGCAGCAGCAGAUGUUUGGCCGCCUCGCUGACGCUGCGACACGGUUUGUUUACGUGUGAAGAGGAUGAAGAUCCGGAGGUCCAGGAGGAAGAACGAUGACAGGAAGCUCCAGUGAUGCCGAACAUCUCAUCUGUGACGCUGCGAUAUAGAAAUGGUGUAUGCUCAGUCCACAAACAGAGUUGGUUUGAAUCCCUCCUUCUACUCCCCGUUCUUCAAGAAUCAGAUGUCAUUUAACUUCUCCAAGAAAGAGAACUUCACGGUGCUGGCUGCCUUGCCUACCUCUGCGCUCUACAGCCUCGAGGGCUCGACCCCCAGGCAGCCCAACGCCACCGCCGCCUCUGGUGACCUGUCCUCAGGGGAGGUCGCUAUCCUGGGCCUGGUGUUCGGCUUCCUCUGGCUGGUCUCCAUCCUGGGAAAUGCCCUCGUUUGCCUGGUCAUCCACAGGAGCCGGCGGACUCAGUCCACUACCAACUACUUUGUGGUGUCCAUGGCGUGUGCAGACCUGCUCAUGAGCCUGGGCUGGGCUCCGUUUGUCCUUCUGCAGGUGGCUGCAGGACAAUGGCCUCUGAGCGCUGCUGCCUGCAAGGUUGUUCGUUACCUGCAGCACCUGUGCCCCGGCGUCCAGGUUUAUGUCCUGCUGUCGAUCUCUGUGGACCGCUUCUACACCAUCGUCUAUCCGCUCAGCUUCAAGGUGUCCAGAGAAAAGGCCAAGAAGAUGAUUCUGGCCUCAUGGUUGUUUGAUGCAGCCUUUAUCGCCCCUUGUUUUUUCUUUUAUGGCUCUGCAGACAGUCAUUGUGACUUUUUCCUCCCCAGCAGUUGGGGUAGUAUCACCUACGCUGCAUUUCACCUUCUGGUUGGCUUUCUGGUCCCAGUUGGACUCAUCAUUUCCUUCUACCAGCAGGUGGUUCGCUACAUCUGGAGGAUCGGAGCUGACGGCCAUACGGUGCGUCGGACCAUGAACAUCGUCCCGCGGACUAAAGUUAAGACCAUCAAGAUGUUCCUCAUGCUGAACUCAGUUUUCUUCCUCACCUGGACGCCCUUCUACGUGGCCCAGCUGUGGCACCCUGAGGAGGCCGACACCCCCGGCAGGCAGGAGCUGCUGUUCUUCACAACCAUCGCUUGGAUCUGCUUCAGCUCCACGGCCUCCAAACCCACCCUGUACUCCGUCUACAAUGCCAACUUCAGGCGCGGCAUGCGAGAGACCUUCUGUAUGUCAUCCAUGAAGUGCUACCGCAGCAACGCUUACACCAUCACUGCCAGCUCCCGGAUGGCCAAGAAAAACUACGUUGGGGUGGUGGAAAUCCCUGUCCAAGCUAAGACCAUCACCAAGGACUCGGUGUACAAUGCGUUUGACCGGGAGGCGAAGGAGAAGAAGGUAGCCUGGCCCACCAACACCAACCCGCCCAACACUUUCGUUUGAGCGACUGAGCCAACGCCACGGUUAUUGGGCGCCGUUUGUCAAGUUACACAGUAAAAAAUUGCCAACAAUAAUUUGGGUUAUUUAGCCUGACAUAGAGGACAAAAUGUGCAAGCUAAGCAUUUAGAUAGCAAGCUAAAUAUUUUGCUUGCGUUCCAAAUACUUAAAUAUUUAGGUUGUAACCAAAUAUUUAGCUAAUAUUA